CUAAGGCCAGACACGCAAGGACAGACAAAGUCAUUGCAGAAAAUGCACAUGUUAGUUGAUGUAUGUGGAUCAAGGAGCUAGCACAGAGGGGUGCUUUACAAAAUCACUCCUGGUGAAAACACUAUGGAAACUGAAAACUGACCCAUGUGGCUGAAGGAAUCACAUGUUUAUUUAAACUGUGAUCAUAAUGAACAAAAUUCAACUGGGUAAAUGUUAAAGAUCUUAGCAGCUUUAUUCAGUGGGUCAUAAAUUAGGCAGCAUGGAGGAUGGACGAGAGCUCCAAAGAUAUUGCAAGGCAAGAGCUUUUUCGAGACUGAAGUGAGCAAGAGCAAUCCUGGGCGUUUGCUGAUUUGUAGAAGCAGGGUUACUUUCCUCACAGAAGGCAAAGGGAAGUCUUGGAGCUAGUUUAGGAACUUGUGGCAGAGCAGAAGUAUGGAACAGUGGAAUAGCUCUGAGGAUCAACAGGAUGACACUGAUAACCGCUCAGAAUCUGUGAAGUUUGAUGCCCACUCCAUGACAGCCUUGCUCCCUCUGUAUCCUAAAAAUGGCCCCACCCUUCAAGAGAGACUGAAGUCCCUCAAAGCUGCACUGAUUGCCCUUUAUCUUCUUGUGUUGGUAGUGCUCGUGCCCAUCGUCGGAAUAAUGGCAGCACAGCUCCUGAAGAGGGAAAUGCAGAAUUGCACAGUUGGCUCAAUGAAUGCAAACGAAAUAUCUCAAAGUCUCAGAGGAAAAGGAAAUAACAGUGAAGAUGAGAUGAGAUUUCGAGAAGCUGUUACGGAACAAAUUAACAACAUGGAGAACAGAAUCCAAUAUAUUUCAGAUACAGAAGCCAAUCUCAUAGAUUCAGAGCGUUUCCAAAAUUUUAGUCUGGUGACUGAUCAGAGAUUUAAUGAAGUUCUUCUCCAGCUGAGUACCUUGGUUUCCUCGGUUCAGAGACACGGGAACGUGAUAGAUGAAAUCUCCAAGUCAUUAAUAAGCCUGAAUACCACACUGCUUGAUUUGCAGCUCAAUAUUGAAACACUGAAUGGCAAAGUCAAAGACAGUACACUUAAACAGCAAGAGGACAUGAGUAGAUUAGAAGAGCGUGUGUACAAUGCAUCAGCAGAAAUUAUGUCUAUGAAAGAAAAACAAGUGAAUUUGGAAGAGGAAAUAAAAGGAGAAGUGAAAGUACUGAAUAACAUCACUAAUGAUCUCAGACUGAAAGAUUGGGAACACUCUCAGACAUUGAAAAAUAUCACUUUAAUUCAAGGUCCUCCUGGACCCCCCGGUGAAAAAGGAGACAGAGGUCCCGCUGGAGAAAGUGGUCCACGAGGCAUUCCAGGUCCAGUAGGUCCUCCAGGUCUUAAAGGUGAUCGGGGAGCAAUUGGCUUUUCUGGACCUCGAGGAUUCCCAGGGCCACCAGGGAAGACCGGAAGGGCAGGAUAUCCUGGACCAAAAGGCCAGAAGGGGGACAAAGGAAGUGGAAGCAUACUAACUCCAUUUAAGACAGUACGACUGGUUGACGGUAGAGGUCCUCAUGAGGGCAGAGUGGAGAUUUUCCACAAUGGCCAGUGGGGCACAGUUUGUGACGACCACUGGGAACUGCGAGGUGGACAGGUCAUCUGUAGGAGUUUGGGAUACCAAGGUGUUCAAACUGUGCAUAAAGGAGCUCACUUUGGACAAGGUACUGGUCCAAUUUGGCUGAAUGAAGUAUUUUGUUUUGGGAGAGAAUCAUCUAUCGAAGACUGUAAAAUUAGCCAGUGGGGGGUGAGAGGCUGUUCACACGCUGAAGAUGCUGGAGUCACUUGCACUUUAUAAUGUAUCGUACUUUCUUUCACCUUCGUGAAAUCAUUGUGGCAAAAAUACUUUUAUUAUUUUGCUCCAUUAAUAUCAGUUCAGUGAAUAUGUAAGAGAUUAGGAAUUUUGUCUAAAGAAAAGGAAUAUUUUAAAAUCACUGGAUAAACAUAUUGGACACCUUCAUGCUUGCUAUAGAUCUGCAUUUGAACCAUUUCAAUUUCUUUAGGUUUCUAAAUGGAAUUUCUAAUAUAAUGACAUAUAUUGAAUGGAAUAUACUGAAGUUUAAGGCUUCUCAAUUACAAAUGCCAAUGAUAAUGGAAACACCUUCCAGCCAUUGACUUUAACUGAUCUCUUCACAGGAUGACAAUUUUUGUCAUUUUUGUCUUCUUUGUAAUCUAUUUAAUUGACUUUAAUUUAAUCAGUUUCUUAAUGAGAAGAUUGGAAGAGUUGUUUUGUGCCAAGUUUGUGAAAUCUCUAACCUUACACAUUUUUUGAGGAAACGUUUUUAUCUGGCCAUUAUGAUCUCUGCAUGUGCAGUACCUUGGCUGUUAGGUAGCAUUGUUCAUGAUAUAUUCUGGGCAUGAUGAAAAACUGAGCAGAUUUCUCAUGGUCAAUAAUAACAUGAUGAUUAAGAAAACCAACAUGAUUAUUUUACAUGAUCAUGUAUUGACAGUUUUUGUUUGUUUUUACUGACCCAGGUGUUAGAAAAAGGGCUUCUGAGAAAAGGCACAGGCUCCCCCAUCACUAUAUGUCUCUCAAUAAUUGGUGGAUCAAAAAUGUCAUUUCAACACAGAGCUCAAUUUGAUGUGCAUUUUAAAUGAAGUUGAAUAGUUGUUAUCAUUCCAGAAUGCUGUGUUUAAAAUAUAAAUACACUUUCCAAUCUAAGUGGCUCCACUUUAAAUAACAGCAUGCAAAUGUCUUGAGCACAGAACCUAGUUUCAACUACCCUUCUUUGAAGCCUUUCAUGGAGUCCAUUAACAAUUGCAACCAGAAAGAGAGAGAGAAAGAGAGACAGAGAGAGAUAUCUGUAGCUCUCAAAGAUCAGUGACCCUACGCAUGCCAAAUCAGUACCUUACCAACGGUCAGCCCAUCACCAGGGUACAUCUUAGAAUGUGGAAGGUCACCUGGAACCCAGUGCCUGUCCCCAGCUGUCUAGGUAUAUAGGAAG